CCCCGGAAGGACUUCGAGGGAAGGCGGGCGAAGGAAGCAGGCGAGAGGCGGAGGUAGCCCGAGAGGGCGAUUGCGUGCGGAGCAGACGCCCGCGGCCUGGUGAGCUUCCAGACGCCGGCCCUCCCGGAUCCAAGCCCGCAGAGCCACCAGGCCACCUCUCCCUCUUGUGCUUCCGGGAGCCGUCGCGAGCGAGUGCGCCUGCGCGACGGCCACUCCGCGCGCCUCACCGCUGUCCUCGCGCCGGCCGGCUGCCCAAAGGUUCCUGCCGAGCUUCCCGCCCGGCGUUUCGGCUCGGCGGCGCACCGGCGUGCGGCAUGUCACGGCGACGGCACAGCGACGAGAACGAUGGGGGACAGCCUCACAAAAGAAGAAAGACCUCUGAUGCAAAUGAAACUGAAGAUCAUUUGGAAUCUUUAAUAUGCAAAGUAGGAGAAAAGAGUGCCUGCUCUUUGGAGAGCAACCUAGAAGGCCUGGCUGGCGUUUUGGAAGCUGAUCUUCCUAACUAUAAGAGCAAGAUCUUAAGGCUUCUUUGUACAGUUGCACGUCUGUUACCUGAGAAGUUGACAAUUUAUACAACAUUAGUUGGACUACUAAAUGCCAGGAAUUACAACUUCGGUGGAGAAUUUGUAGAAGCCAUGAUUCGUCAACUUAAAGAAUCGUUGAAAGCAAACAAUUAUAAUGAAGCUGUAUAUUUGGUCCGUUUUUUAUCUGAUCUUGUGAAUUGUCACGUCAUUGCUGCCCCAUCAAUGGUUGCUAUGUUUGAAAAUUUUGUAAGUGUAACUCAGGAAGAAGAUGUGCCUCAGGUGCGCCGGGAUUGGUACGUGUAUGCAUUUCUAUCAUCUUUGCCCUGGGUUGGAAAGGAGUUGUACGAAAAGAAAGAUGCAGAGAUGGACCGAAUCUUUGCCAACACUGAAAGCUAUCUUAAAAGACGCCAGAAGACUCAUGUGCCCAUGUUACAAGUAUGGACUGCAGAGAAACCGCAUCCACAAGAAGAGUAUUUAGAUUGCCUCUGGGCCCAGAUUCAGAAAUUGAAAAAGGAUCGCUGGCAGGAGCGGCACAUCCUAAGACCUUAUCUUGCCUUUGACAGCAUCCUGUGUGAAGCACUGCAGCACAACCUGCCUCCUUUCACACCACCUCCUCACACUGAAGAUUCGGUGUACCCGAUGCCAAGGGUCAUCUUCAGAAUGUUUGAUUACACGGAUGAUCCUGAGGGUCCUGUAAUGCCAGGGAGUCAUUCAGUGGAAAGAUUUGUGAUAGAAGAGAAUCUUCACUGCAUCGUUAAGUCCCACUGGAAGGAAAGGAAGACUUGUGCUGCACAGCUAGUGAGUUAUCCUGGGAAGAACAAGAUCCCCUUGAACUACCACAUAGUUGAGGUGAUCUUUGCAGAGCUGUUUCAACUUCCAGCACCCCCUCACAUUGAUGUGAUGUACACAACACUUCUCAUUGAACUGUGUAAACUUCAGCCUGGCUCUCUACCCCAAGUUCUUGCACAGGCAACUGAAAUGUUAUACAUGCGUUUGGACACGAUGAAUACUACAUGUGUAGACAGGUUUAUUAAUUGGUUUUCCCAUCAUCUAAGUAACUUCCAGUUCCGUUGGAGCUGGGAAGAUUGGUCAGAUUGUCUUACUCAAGAUCCAGAAAGUCCCAAACCAAAGUUUGUAAGAGAAGUUCUAGAAAAAUGUAUGAGGUUGUCUUACCAUCAGCGUAUAUUAGAUAUUGUCCCUCCUACCUUCUCAGCUCUAUGUCCUGCAAACCCAACCUGCAUUUACAAGUAUGGAGAUGAAAGUAGCAACUCUCUUCCUGGACAUUCGGUUGCCCUCUGUUUAGCUGUUGCCUUUAAAAGUAAAGCAACCAAUGAUGAAAUCUUCAGCAUUCUGAAAGAUGUACCAAAUCCUAACCAGGAUGACGAUGAUGAUGAAGGAUUCAGCUUUAACCCAUUGAAAAUAGAGGUCUUUGUACAGACUCUGCUACACUUAGCAGCCAAGUCAUUCAGCCACUCCUUCAGUGCUCUUGCAAAGUUUCAUGAAGUCUUCAAAACCCUAGCUGAAAGUGAUGAAGGAAAAUUACAUGUUCUAAGAGUCAUGUUUGAGGUCUGGCGGAACCAUCCACAGAUGAUUGCUGUACUAGUAGAUAAGAUGAUUCGUACACAGAUUGUUGACUGUGCUGCAGUAGCAAAUUGGAUCUUCUCUUCAGAACUAUCUCGUGACUUUACUAGAUUGUUUGUUUGGGAAAUCUUGCACUCCACAAUUCGUAAGAUGAACAAACACGUUCUUAAGAUCCAAAAGGAGCUAGAAGAGGCUAAAGAAAAACUCGCAAGGCAACAUAAACGGCGAAGUGAUGAUGAUGACAGAAGCAGUGACAGGAAAGAUGGGGCUCUUGAGGAACAAAUAGAAAGACUGCAGGAGAAAGUGGAAUCUGCUCAGAGUGAACAAAAGAAUCUCUUCCUUGUCAUAUUUCAGCGUUUUAUCAUGAUCUUGACUGAGCACUUGGUACGAUGUGAAACUGACGGGACCAGUGUAUUAACACCGUGGUAUAAGAACUGUAUAGAGAGGCUCCAGCAGAUCUUCCUACAGCAUCACCAAAUAAUCCAGCAGUACAUGGUGACCCUGGAGAACCUGCUCUUCACUGCUGAAUUAGACCCUCAUAUCCUGGCUGUGUUCCAGCAGUUCUGUGCCCUGCAGGCCUAAGGGUCAUUUUUUUUUCCCCCUCCUGUCAAGAUUUUUUUAAGAUCUCAAAAUAAUGUCUUAUUUUUGAUGGUUUGAAUGCUUGCUUUCUUGUAGCAUCCUUUCUUGAAGCAGAGGGGGAAGACAGGACAGUGAAGAAUAUGGUAUUGAUUACCUUUAACUGCCCCCUAAAAAGCAGAUAUUCCCUAAUGACAAUAAUGUGACAAUGGCCAUAGGAUGGAUGUAUUAUAUAUGUGACAGAUACAACUUUUCUCUGAUAUUUUUUCUCCUUAAGGCACAAAAGAUAACUGAUGUGAGGUAUGUGCAACACUAGAGGUCAAGCUUACAAAGUAGUAUACAGAACUGAUGGGUUUAUCAUCGAGUAGCAUAGCUUUUCACAGCUCAUGGUAACCUAACAUGGCUGAAAUAAAACUGAAAAUAUGGUUUUUAAACCUUGGUAUUUCAUGAUUUAUCAUCUCAGUCUACUUUAAAAUUAGUGGUUUCUUACUAAAAGUGAGGUUUCUUACCUCCAUCUGAAGUUUUCUCUUCAAAGUAUUUUUCAUUACUGUAGCAUUUUAAGACACUACUGUUAUUAAAAGAUGUUACUAGAGUAGAAGUUCCCAAAUUCAUCUGAACAUAAAUCACCUGGGGCUCUUCUAAAGUUUUUUUUUUUUUUAAAUUAAACCACACUCUCUGGGGGUGGAACACAGACAUUGGUAGUUCUUAAAGCUCCCGGGUAAUUCCAAUGUGCAGAUAAGUUUUGAACUAUCAUCAUCUUAGAACAUCUGGUCAUUUCCUCAAAUCUGAGACAUCUGUCAGGUCAUACAGUGAAUUACAUGCUAAAGUGGGAUUUAGAAGUAGCUAGAUUGGCUAAAACUAUACUUGGCAUUAGAUGUAGGUUUGGAUUUUAUUUCUGUGGAGUCUGGGUGGGCCAAGUAAUUACUAAUUCCAGAGCCUGUUUCCUAUAUGGUGUUGAGGCUUAAUUAAGAUGGUAAAAGUACACUGUUAAUUAAAUAACACACAAGGGAUUAUCUGACAUUCCAAAUCCUAGCAUUUUUAGACUUUUUUCAUUAAAUCUUCAGAAAAAUUUACCAGUAAUCUCACAACUGUAAGUAUCUUUGUGCAUCUGUACAAUCUUUUUUUUAGCUUAGUACAUCAUAAGUUUAUGAUGCAUUAGGUAUUUUCCAUAUUAAUAUAUGGGGUCUCUUUGGUUUAUCAUAACAUUUAGUGGCUACAGAAUAUAGUCUACUCAAUAGAUGGAAAUUCCUAGGAUUUUUAAAUACCGUACCAUUUAACAAAUAGUCACAGGAUUAAGGUUGCAUGGCAAGUUACUGGCAGAAAGGGAACUGAAACCCAGGUUCUUUGCUAAAUGUUCUUUUGUUUACACUGUUCCUCCUUCCCACAAACUACAUAAUUAGAAAAAGCUCCUAUCCUCAAGAAGCUAAAGGAUAACCAUUUAAGGCUUUGGUUAACUUUGAUCCUAAACUGCUUUGUAAUCGUUUCAUAAUGUAUUGCAAAGUUUGGCUAGUUAUACUUACUUGAUCCAAAUCCUAGAGGAAUUCCUAGGUUUUCACCUCCUUUCUCUUGGACCGUCUCUUCAUGUGUAAUGGUUGCUUUUAACAGUUGCUCACUGAUGUAACCCUGCUCUGACCCAGUCUGGCAGCUAGGUAUAUGAAAAAACUGAAACAGAGACUGAGUUUUGAAGAAAUAAAGGUACAAGAGCAAACGUUCCACAGUUGCUCUCCCCACUAAUGAAGCUCACACAGACAAAAGAAUGGCAUGUCACUGUAACUGUACGUCGUACCUUGCAAUAAAUCAAUAUUCUAUUAAACUGU